AUGACUUCCAACAACCAUCUUCCUCCGCGACCUAGCUUGUCCAUGUCGUACUCUCAGAGCAGCAUGGGCUCCGCCAACGGGAUUGCCUUUUCUCAGUCUCAGAUGGGUUCUUUUAAUGCUUCUCAGUCGAUCGCGUCAACACCCCGAGCAACACCCCCUCCGAAAAACUCCCAACAGUCGAUGUCUUUCAACUACCCGAACGGUCUUCCUGGCGGUCCAAGAGGUGGAUUUGGGACAUUUGAUGAUAUGAAUGGCUAUGGGCCAAUGGUUCAAUUUCAUGAGGAAUACAAGCCCCAGAUAUACAAGGCUGUCUACUCUAAUGUCUCUGUCUACGAAAUGGAAGUCAACGGAGUCGCGGUGAUGAAACGUCGCUCCGAUUCUUGGUUGAAUGCUACUCAGAUUCUCAAAGUCGCUGGUGUGGUCAAAGCCAGGAGAACAAAAACACUCGAAAAGGAGAUAGCGGCCGGUGAACAUGAGAAGGUCCAGGGAGGAUAUGGCAAAUACCAAGGCACAUGGGUGAACUACCAGAGAGGCGUAGAUCUUUGUCGCGAGUACCAUGUCGAAGAGUUACUGAGACCGCUUCUCGAAUACGAUAUGGGCCCCAAUGGUACUGCCAACACCGGGCCGGAUACUCUGGACACUCCUACCAAGGAACAAGCAAUGGCGGCACAGAGGAAACGGAUGUAUAGCGGUAUGGAUAAUCGUGGGAUGUCGCAACCGCAGCAGGGUACCUUCUUCCAGAAUAUCUCACGCACCGCCGCCACGGCCGUCAACGCCAUCAGCAAAGCUCGUUUCGAUUCCCCUGCGGUAAGGGGUGUCGAUAGCAAGCGCACGAGCGUCAUACGGAAACCGUCGCAGCAGAUGACCUCUCAGGAGUCUCAGCUCCCUGCAUUCAGCAGCCAGCAGAGCAUGUACAGCGUGGCCUCGGACAGCGUGUUUGGGAGCAAUGCCCUGAGCAAUGGCCGAUUCAACGGCCCCGAUGUUGCAAGUUUCGAGCCAGAAGAGUCUAUUGAGCCACCUCGCAAGCGUGUCAGAUCAUCAUCCAAUCAUGUACCCUCCUUUGGGCUUCAUCGGGAGCCUUCAUCACUAUCCAUGCAAGAGCCCACACCUACGGAACCUAAUGACUCGUUCUACCAGGAAAUGGAUGGGCCGAUCUCAUUGAUGGAUAGUAACAGACGGGGCUCUGAUCCUCUUCCUCCUGCCACGACCCCCGAACGGUUCCAGAAAAUGAAACUUAUCAUGACACUGUUCCUCGACAAGAGGACGAAGGAUUUUUCCAAACACCCUGCAUUGCUGCAACUCACCAGUGAGGAUCUGGAGAUCCCACUUGAUGAGUAUCGGAACAAUGCCCUUCAUUGGGCUGCAAUGCUUGCUCGGAUGCCGCUCGUUUAUGCGCUUGUUGAAAAAGGUGUGAGCAUCUACCGCCUGAAUGGUGCGGGUGAGACUGCCUUGCAGAAGUCAGUGGGGACAAGGAAUAACCUUGAUUAUCGGAGUUUCCCGCGCUUACUGCAAGUGCUUGCCCCCACAAUUGACAUGGUUGACUACAGUGGGCGGACGAUUCUACAUCAUAUUGCGGUGAUGGCCGCUACUGGUGGUGGUGGGCACGUGUCUGCAAAGCACUAUCUGGAGGCUCUUCUAGAAUUUAUUGUUCGUCACGGAGGCACUUCUGUCAGCCAGAAACCUGCAGAUGGGACUGUGGGUAACAAGACUGGCGAAGUCAUAACCUUGGGCCGCUUUAUUUCAGAAAUUGUCAAUCUUCGGGAUGAUCAAGGAGACACCGCGCUAAAUCUUGCUGGGCGAGCGCGCUCUGUUCUGGUGCCUCAAUUGCUGGAGGUCGGCGCAGAUCCCCAUAUACCCAACCACACGGGUCUGCGGCCAGCUGAUUAUGGUGUUGGUGUGGAUAUGGUGGAUGGCAACGCUCAAGCCCAACCGGGCGGAAACAGAAAUGAUUCUUUCAUUGACCAACUUGCCAAAACAAAGAAAGAGAUAUUCGAUGCAACGAUGGCUCAAAUAAGCACAAUCGUCCAGGAGACGUUAACUAGCUUUGAUAAGGAACUAGCCUCCGACUUGUCCAAAAAGCAAGAGAAAUUCGACCAUUGGCACUCGAAAAUACGUGAGACAGCAAAAGCUCGUCAAAUCGAGCAAAAGAGACUUGACGAGCUCAAGACUAAGUCCUCGGAUCGAGUGCAAUUGAGUCGACGGAUUAAAAAUCUAGAACGCUCGUCCGAAGAUCUCCUAAUGAUGCUCAAGGACAUGCAUGGUGGGCAUUUCGAGCCUUCGAAAAUGACCAUCAUCGGCGAUGCGGACAAAGACUCUGGUGUCAGCAUAUCUGAAUUUGAAUCCAUCUUUCCCGAAACAUUCGAUCCCACAUCCGGUUUCUCCGAGAAACAGGUAGCUUAUCUGAGUUCUUUGGCUUCUCCCGAGAUUUUGCAGCAACGGGUACAAUGUUAUCAAGAGUUUAAUCAGGAGAUUUUGAGUGAGGUGGAUCGCCUGAAGUCCAAGAAUGUCGUGCUAGGCCAGAACUACCGUCGAAUGGUGAUGGCCUGCACGGGUUGGACUGCUGAACAAGUCGACGAAGCUGCCGAAGGUUUAACGCAAUGUGUUAAAGAGUUAAAUGACAACCCUGUUCCAGAGGAUGAGGCUAUCGAGAUCCUAAUGAGAGAUAGAGGUCAGGACUGGUGA